GCGAAUCCCGCCCCGCCAUUUAACCUAAAACCUCUCAGAGGAGGAGCAUGCAGUGUGAGCAAAGAGCCGGCGACUUCCAGAGUUGUACAGAGGAGCGGGAGACUGGUUCGGGUUACAGGGACUGUCCUGUAGCACAUAGUGGGAUCGCUCUGAAGUAGCGAAUGGGACAAACGGAGCCGAACACAAAGGAGUAAGACAGCGGAAGACUCGGACACGGAAUGUUUCGGUUUUGAAGGUUUAUGUAAUUACUCAUAUGAGUGCAGCCAGAUUGGUAAAGAACGGCAGAGUUUACUCAGUAUAAACAGCCUCCUGCAAAGUUACAGAUCGCCAGGAUUCUUUCUGCGCAACUGUACACCUGAUGAGCUUGGGGAUUGUUGGGUGCAUAGAGCCACACUCACAUGUCUGAAAUGGAACAGGAAAAGAAGUGGGGAGUCGCUGGUAAACCAGGUGAAAAGAGGCGCGUUGGCUUGAAGCAGCCGCUGUGGAGAGAUUUGUCUUGCGUGACGUUUUGCAUCGCGGUGUCCGUGCUGUCUGUUGGAGUUUGGAUCGUAGUGUUUGUGCGGACGUCGGAGCUGCAGUCCAGGAUAGUAAGUCUGGAACAGCAGCGGCUUUCUGCGUGGAUGCUGUCCGUGGAACAGGUGGAGCCCGUCAUCCUGGGUCGUCUCGACCAGAUCCUGGAAGAAAAGCUUGCAGCGCGACUACCAAAGACGCGGGAUGUGAGAGAAGUUUCCCACAGCUGCCUGUGUCCCCCAGGACCUCCAGGUCCUCCUGGACGAGCAGGCUUUCCGGGUGGCAAAGGAAGUAUGGGAAUUCCUGGGAGAAUGGGCUUAAAAGGACACGCAGGGGAGAAGGGAGCACCAGGUGAGCCUGGCCUGUCUAUCAUUGGACCAAGAGGACCUCCUGGACAACCUGGUACAAGAGGAUUUCCAGGAUUUCCAGGUCCAAUUGGGUUAGAUGGCAAGCCUGGACAGAGUGGACCAAAGGGAGACAUGGGACAGCGUGGUCCUAAAGGACACCCAGGGGAACCUGGACCUAAAGGGGAGAAGGGUAUCUGUGGCGAUUACACACAUCGGGGCCUCUUUGUGCAGGAUCUUCCUCUGAAAACCCUGGCUGCAUUACGAUCAAGUCAUACUCUGUUGAAGAUGUUGCCCAUCACCGUGCGCAACAUGCCCUCAAUAAGCCCUCUAAUAUUAAAACGCCUCAAGCAGGGCGAGCCUGGAAUACAGGGGCCUGCGGGACCUCCGGGGCCACCCGGUCCACCGGGAACACCGGGAUCGGAUGGGGCCAAUGGCCCACCGGGUAAACCUGGAGAGCCAGGCAAACCUGGAAAAGACCCAAGGCUCUUGCCUGGACUAAAGGGUGAGCCAGGUGUGCCAGGACAAAAGGGGGAUCGAGGUGAUGUUGGCCCAGCAGGCCCAAAGGGAGUUGGGGGAGACCAAGGAAAUAAGGGAGAGAAAGGAGAGCUGAACACUGGAGCCCCGGGAAUUAAAGGAGAGCCUGGUUCACCAGGACUGCCGGGACUAAGAGGACCCAGAGGGGAAGCAGGUAUUCAAGGCCCAGCUGGCCCAAGGGGUCUGCCAGGCCCGACUGGGGAGCCAGGAAGGGCUGAAAUCCAGUAUGAAAAUGAUAUCCGCAACAUCCCCCUGAUGGGCCCUCCUGGAUUACCUGGACCUCCAGGGACACCUGGAAUCCCUGGAGCCAAGGGUGAAGUUGGUCUACCAGGUCCACCAGGACUGGAUGGAGAGAAGGGACCUCGAGGGAAGCCUGGAGAACCUGGUCUCCUGGGCCCGGCAGGUCCUGAAGGUCCCAGAGGAGAGGGAGGUGUCAUGGGCUUUCCAGGACCCAAAGGCACCAAGGGUGACAUGGGUCCAUCUGGAUCACCUGGUCCAAAAGGUGAACCUGGAGAUGGAGGAAGGUUAGAAUCGAUCUAUGGUCCUCCAGGACCCCCAGGACCAGCUGGCCCAGCAGGACCACAAGGACCAUCGGGGCCUAAGGGAGAGCCAGGAAUUGGAAUCCGAGGAGAAAAGGGAGCGACGGGUCAGAAAGGCGACAAGGGAGACAGAGGCCAUCUUGGACUUCCUGGUCUAGUAGGACCUGCAGGUGUGCCAGGGCCAGCAGGACCAAAGGGAGAGACAGGUGAAAAGGGUGAUCCUGGAAUUCCAGGACCAACAGGGCCGCAAGGCAUCCCCGGAUUAGUAGGACCACAGGGACUCAAGGGAAAUCAGGGAGAGAGGGGCAAGAAAGGCAACAGGGGGGCCAAAGGGGAUAAGGGAGACCAAGGAGCACCUGGAUUAGAUGCCCCCUGUCCAUUGGGAGAUGAUGGUUUACCUGUACCUGGAUGUUGGAAUAAAAUCCCACCCCUUGCCUCGCUGAAAGCCCUGCAUACCCUUGGCCCUUGGCUCAAUGAACUUCAUGAUGUAGUCACCCAAAAUGGUUUCACUUCACAGGUGUGCCUUGUCAGGGUUCAUUUGUGGAAUUUCUUGCCUUCCUUAUGAGGUUGGGACCAUCGGUUGUGUUGUGCAGAAGUCAGGUUGGUGCAUGGCUGACAGCUCUAUUUGACAGAACCAAUCAGUUAAGUAAAGAGAAACAACAGUCCAUCAUUACUUUAAGAACUGAAGGUCAGUCAGUCCGGAACAUUGCUAAGACUCUGCAGUCACAAAAACCAUCAAGUACUAUGACAAAACUGGCUCACAUGAGGACCGCCCCAGGAAAGGCAGACCAAGAGUCCCCUCUACUGCUCGGGAAAGAAACACAAGGAAUGGACAUUAGACCAGUGGAAAUCUGUGCUUUUGUCUGAUGAGUCCAAAUUCAGGCACAAUGAACCCGCAUGGCUACCACAGCAUCCUGCAGUGACAUGCCAUCCCAUCAUGUAUUCUCUAACAGGGACAAUGACCCCAAACACACCUCUAGGCUGUGUCAGAGCUAUUUGACCAAUAAGGAGAGUGAUGGAGUGCUGCACCAGAUGGCCUGGCCUCCACAGUCACCUGACCUAAACCCAGUGGAGAUGGUUUGGAAUGAGAUGGAGCGCAGAGUGAAGGCAAAAGGACCAACUAGUGCUCAGCAUCUCUGGGAACUCCUUCAAGACUGUUGGGAAACCAUUUCAGGUGACGACCUCAUGAAGCUCAUGGAGAGAACGCCAAGAGUGAGCAAAGCAGUAGUCAAAGCAAAGCGUGGCUAUUAGGAAGAAUCUACAAUAUAAAAAAAGUUUUAUUUAAUACUAUUUUGUUUACUAUAUAAUUCCAUAUUAUGUAGUAAACACAAAGGAGAGUGUAACUACCAUGAUGUCAGCCCGUGAGGUUUGACUCUGGGGAUACUGUAUUUGGAGUGUAAAAUUAUCAGCUAAUCCUAGCAAGUUUUGGUGGGAAGCUGCAUUUCGUGUCAGCAGUGUGCUGGCUUUUAGUGCUAAGUAAAGAACAUCAAUAAAAUAGAAUUUCACUCACCAAAACAGAAACAACAACUCUUGUAAUAUGUAACAAGCCAUACUGUUUGUUAGAACAAGCUGCUUCACUUGUUUUUUGCUGUGUAGGAUCUUAGUACCAUUAGCAAGAAUGCAAUGCAGCUGCCAUAUAUUUUAUUAACUGUAUGUUUCAAAUCAAAUUCUCUGCUGUCCUGCAUAUUAUACAUGUAGUUUCAUAUAGUUUAGAAGUGAGCUAAAUGAGAGAGAAGCUGUGUAUGGGACAAUUAACCUGCAGAAGUUGACUCAUGUUAUCAGAAGUUUAACAUUUUUAGAAGUUUAAAAAAGGGUGUACUCUAAAAGUAUUAUGUUAUUAAAUUGAGAAAAUAGCUGUUCUGUCUCUUGCAUACAUACUGCUACAGUAUGAAAAAGUAUUUGACCUCUUUGUGAUAUUUAUUUAUGUAUUUAUUUUCAUAUUUGUCUGUAGACGUGAUCAGCCACAGUUGUCUGUAUCAGCACACAAAUCAAAGCAGCAACAACCAUUUGGAUAAGCCUUAUUUAUGUAAAUUGAAGUUUUUGUAACUGGCUGGCUCUAAGCUGUAAAAUUGGUCAUUUUAACAGUCGUUUUGUGGGGAAUGAUAAACCUUUAAGUCACAGUUUUUUGGCCGGUCUGUGUUGCCGUUCCUAUUCAGCUGAAGAGGUCGCCCAUUGCAUUAUAUCCAGACCAAACUUUGCAAAGUGAUGAGUUCAUCAGUUAGGAGAUCUAAACGUAGAGUGCUGUUAAACUGUUUUUAAGUUAUCCAGUAUUGCAAAGUGCUUUUAACGCUUAUGUCAAGAAAGAGGGCAUCAACCAAGAUUUUGUAACAAUUUUAAUUCCAAGAAGAUUGAUCCUGUAAACUAAAUGUCCAAUUGCACAACAGGAAAGUAACAGCUCUGUGUUGCUGCUUUGUGUUAUUCCUCUACGUUUAGUUCAUUCUAAAUAGUUUUGUCAAAUUCUCCUGUUUUAUGACCCUUGGGUUCGGUAUCCUAGUGCCGUUUUUUUUUCUAGUAUUCACCCCAAACAUUGCCACUCUCAUUUAAGGCUGCUGCUGCUGCAAUCUCCUCAUAGUCUCAUCCUGUUAUGAAGAAAGCUGUAACCUUAUUGGACAAUGUACAUCCUUUUUUUUUAAUUAUCCACAAACACUUUUUGUAACAGCUGUUCUCAUUAACCUCAUUAACAACAGUGAGCGGAUGAAAUUAAUCCAUUAUAUGCUGCUCUUUGACAAAGCUUUGUGUGUGAUGUGCUCUGCCUGGAUUUGAGGUUGCCAUUAGAGAUUAUUGUUGGAUCCUUCCCAGCAAAUAUUCAUUGUGUCAUUUUGCUGCACCUAAAUUAACUUAGUCACCAGUUAGCCUUGUUUUUGCUCUGAUAUUUAUCAUGCAUACUUGUGCUCAGAUAUUUAAAAUAUUUAUUUUGUUCAGUGACAGUCAUAAUUAAGUUUACAUUUAUAAUGAUUUGGACUAAAAAUAAUUUAAGUGUACCCAUUAGUUACAGAGUAUCACAAUCCAAAUGGUAGACCCUGUUUAAUCUGCGCUCUAGAGGAUUGCAUUGUUUUAUGUUGUGAGGUUGUUGUUAUGUCAUUAACUUCAGUGCAAUCCAGGUUUGAAGAGGUUUAAAACUGUAUGUUAAUAAAAUACGUGGCAUUUUUUACUCAAAUUCUAUGCUGUCCUACAUAUUAUAAAUGUAGAUUAGUAUAGUUAUCAUCACAGACGGUAAAGAACCAGCCGCUGCACUUGUUUUUCCUGUAAUGUUUGACAGAGGUUAAAGGUAGCCCUUUGCCAGUAAAAUAGGGAAAACUGCGUGAGCAAAAAAACAAACGGUAUACUCUAAAAGUAUUCAAUUAUUCAAUCCAAAAAAUUAGCUUUUCUACACUCUUACAUACACAGUACUGUGAACAAGUAUUUGCAUCAAGGUAUAUUUUGUAUAGAACUACAAAUGUUUAUGUCAUCAAGUGUUUGCAUUGACAUGAGUCAUAUUUAAUGCACGUUGGGCUCAGUGCAGAUAUACACUAAAUUGCCAAAAGUAUUUGCUCCACUGCCUACACACACAUAUAUAUGACCUUGAGUGACGGGUGGGAUUUGUGGUGUGGCUGCGGGGGAGACUGAUACACUCGAGCUCAAUCAGGUCAUCAUGCCUCCUCUGCAUAAAAGACAAAAGAACUGGGUCCUGACGUUGUUGUCGUGCAGCUGCAAAAUUGCAGCCGAGUGUACAGAGAACAAGCAACCAGAAUAAAAGAGUGUGUGAAAAGUGUUAA